AUGGACGACCGACCAACUCCGGCCGACACCGAUGUUCCUGGAGGGUACCCAGAAACGCCCUCGGUAUGGUCGGAAGCGCAGGAGGCUGCACCGCGUGUAGAAGAUACAACUGAUAUACCUACUCCAACUCAAGCUCCUACCCAGGCUCGAUCCGAUUGGAUUCCGGCACCUGCAGUUGCCUCCAACCAUACGAACAUUCGACCCUCUCAAGAUACGGUCGUUAACCCCGAGUCUCGUGGCAAUGAGCCUCCCCAGCCAACAGGUUCCCCUGCCCGGCCUAAAAGUAUGGCUUCUACAUCCUCUGGGACAGACACGGAUGCAGACUCCCUUUCUGAUAGAUCAAAUCCAAGAUAUGCGCCUCUCAGAACAGCACCCACGGCAGAGGAUAGACGGCCUGAGCUGGAAAAACGCCGAAGUAUUCAGACGGAAGACGACUUAUUCAAAGUGUUGUCACAGCGUCGAACAAACACGUCCAACAGGUCGGACCCCGAAGAGGAAGACCAAAUCGAAAGAUUGAUGUCACGGAUGUUCGGUAAGGCCCGGCAGGAGCAUAGUGAGGAGGAGAAGACUCGUCACAGCGGGGUGGUGUUUCGGGACCUGACGGUCAAAGGCGUCGGCCUUGGUGCCAGUUUGCAGCCCACUGUAGGUGACAUCUUCAUGGGCCUUCCACGUAUGCUCAAAAGGUUCUUCACCAAAGGUGCCAAAGCUGCUGCUGCCAAGCCCCCAGUACGAGAAUUGCUCAGCAACUUUGAUGGAUGUGUCCGACCUGGUGAGAUGUUGCUGGUUCUUGGUAGGCCUGGCGCCGGCUGCUCGACUUUCCUCAAGACUUUUUGUAACCAACGAGAGGGUUUCGAGGCCGUAGAGGGAGAAGUCACCUACGGUGGCACCGAUGCAAAGACGAUGAAGAAAAGCUUCCGGGGCGAGGUUAUCUAUAAUCCUGAAGACGACUUACAUUAUGCUACCCUGACCGUCAAGCGAACCUUGACAUUUGCCCUGCAGACUCGAACACCUGGCAAGGAAUCAAGACUCGAAGGAGAGUCCCGCGCUGACUACGUGCGAGAGUUCCUACGGGUUGUAACGAAGCUCUUCUGGAUCGAGCACACGUUGAAUACGAAAGUGGGAAACGAGUAUGUGCGAGGCGUGUCCGGUGGUGAAAGAAAACGAGUUAAAUGUAUAGCCAUGAUUACCAGAGCAUCUGUUCAAGGAUGGGACAAUUCGAGCCGAGGACUUGACGCCAGCACAGCCCUGGAAUAUGUCCAGUCUAUCCGCACUCUCACGAACAUGGCACAGACGUCCACGGCGGUCUCACUUUAUCAAGCUGGAGAAUCACUCUACAAACUUGUCGACAAGGUAUUGCUGAUUGACCAGGGGAAGUGCUUGUACUUUGGACCAUCAGACGAUGCCAAACAAUACUUCAUUGACCUAGGGUUUGAAUGCCCCGAACGGUGGACAACAGCGGACUUUCUUACUUCAGUUACCGACGAACACGAGCGGUCCAUCAGAAAAGGCUGGGAGGACCGUAUUCCUCGUAAUGCAGAAGAGUUUGCAGCGCUGUACAAAAAGAGUGAAGCGUACCAGCGGAACCUUGAAGACAUCAGAGACUAUGAGGCCCAAUUAGAGCGACAGCGCAGAGAACGUCUUGAAAACAUGUCGAAGAAGACCAAGCAGAAGAAUUAUGCAGUAUCCUUCCCCAAGCAGGUCAUCGCUUGUACGCAACGGCAGUUCUUGGUCAUGGUAGGGGAUCGAGCUUCGCUGAUCGGCAAGUGGGGCGGCAUCGUCUUCCAGGGCCUGAUCGUGGGAAGUUUGUUCUUCCAGAUGCCCAAGACAGCUCUCGGGGCCUUUCCUCGUGGUGGUGCCAUUUUCUUCGUUCUGCUCUUCAAUGCUUUACUGGCGUUGGCUGAGAUGACGGCAGCGUUCUCAUCAAAACCCAUCCUCUUGAAGCAUAAGUCGUUCUCAUUCUACCGUCCGGCAGCCUAUGCUCUUGCUCAAACUGUUGUGGAUGUGCCUUUGGUGAUCGUCCAAGUGGUUUUGUUUAAUGUCAUCAUAUACUGGAUGGGUGGUCUUGCUGCGAGCGCCUCGCAGUUCUUUAUCUCAUGUCUUAUUAUAUUCUCGACAACCAUGACAACCUACGCCUUCUUCAGAUCUAUCUCCGCCCUUUGCAAAACGCUUGAUGAUGCCACCCGGUUCACCGGCGUAUCUAUCCAAAUCUUGGUAGUCUACACCGGCUAUCUGAUUCCUCCUAGUCAGAUGAAGCCAUGGUUUGCCUGGCUGCGCAGAAUCGAUUGGUUGCAAUAUGGCUUCGAAGCGCUCAUGUCAAAUGAAUUUACGGGGCUAACUCUAGCCUGUGUACCUCCUUACCUGGUACCCGAGGGGCCAAAUGCCAGUCCUCAAUACCAAUCUUGCGCGCUGGCUGGAAAUGAGCCGGGCCAGACAACAGUGGACGGGGCGAGGUAUAUCCAAGCUUCCUUCGCCUAUUCGCGGACUCAUCUCUGGCGAAACUUUGGUAUCAUCUGGGCCUUCUUUGCCUUCUUCCUUGCCGUGACAUGUAUCGGGAUGGAAAUCAUGAAACCCAACGCUGGCGGAGGCUCGGUCACUAUCUUCAAGCGUGGUCAAGUGCCGAAGAAGGUCGAGGAGUCUAUCGAUACCGGCGGCCGAGAGAAAAACCCCAAGGGAGAUGAAGAAGCCGCGGCUGCUGACAAGGGAAUGAGUGAUGAUAUGGAAAAAACGGUCAAUGGAGGCAGCGAUUCUGCUAGCACAAAGCGGGACGAAUCUCCCAUGGGCCAGGUUGCAAAGAACGAGACCGUCUACACUUUCCGCAACGUCAACUACGUUAUUCCGUACGAAAAAGGUGAACGAAAGCUUCUCCAGAAUGUCCAAGGUUAUGUCCGGCCGGGGAAACUUACUGCACUGAUGGGCGCCAGCGGAGCAGGGAAAACGACACUACUCAAUGCUCUUGCCCAGCGGCUCAAAUUCGGUACUGUAACAGGCGAAUUCCUUGUCGAUGGCCGCCCACUUCCGCUGUCAUUUCAGCGUGCCACCGGGUUUGCCGAACAGAUGGACGUCCACGAACCCACAGCGACUGUCCGAGAAGCCUUACAAUUCUCUGCACUCCUCCGGCAGCCUCGCGAAGUCCCGGUGGAAGAGAAGUACGCCUACUGUGAAACGAUCAUUGACCUACUUGAAAUGCGAGAUAUUGCUGGUGCCACUAUUGGGAAGAUUGGCGAAGGUUUGAAUCAAGAACAACGAAAAAGACUGACAAUAGGUGUCGAAUUGGCGAGUAAGCCCGAGUUGCUAAUGUUCUUGGACGAACCUACUUCUGGCCUUGACUCCGGAGCAGCCUUCAACAUUGUUAGAUUCUUGCGGAAACUGGCCGAUGCCGGACAGGCUAUCCUAUGUACCAUCCACCAGCCUUCGGCAGUUCUGUUUGAGCACUUUGACGAACUCCUGCUCCUUAAGGCCGGUGGACGUGUUGUAUAUCACGGCCCUCUCGGUCAUGAUUCCCAAGAGCUCAUCCGUUACUUCGAGGAGAACGGCGGACACAAGUGUCCUCCAGAUGCCAAUCCUGCAGAAUACAUGCUGGAGGUGAUCGGAGCAGGCGAUCCCAACUACAAGGGUAAAGACUGGGCAGAUGUCUGGGAACAGAGCAAGAACUACAAGGCUCGUUCUGAAGAGAUUGCCGAGAUGAUUGAGAAGAGGAAGAAUGUCGAACACAGCAAGAAUGUUAAGGACGACCGAGAAUAUGCUAUGCCUCUGACGACUCAAACAACAGCAGUGGUUAAGAGAUCGUUCAUUUCCUACUGGCGUACUCCCAACUACAUUGUCGGCAAAUUCAUGCUUCAUAUCAUGACCGGUCUCUUCUCAUGCUUCACAUUCUACCACCUCGGCUACUCAAGGAUCGCUUUUCAAUCUCGUCUCUUUGCCGUCUUUAUGACUCUGACAAUCAGUCCACCGCUGAUUCAACAACUGCAGCCGGUCUUUCUCAAUUCACGCAACGUUUUCGAAUCGAGGGAAAACAACGCCAAGAUCUACAGCUGGUUCGCAUGGACGACGGGCGCCGUCCUUGUCGAGAUCCCUUAUUCCCUCAUCGCCGGCGGCGUCUACUAUUGUUGUUGGUGGUGGGGCAUCAUGGGUUACCGGGACUCGGUGUCCAGCUUCACAUCCGGAUUUAUCUUUUUGUGCAUUUGUCUGUUCGAGCUGUAUUACGUGAGCUUCGGACAAGCAAUCGCCUCCUUCUCGCCCAACGAACUCCUCGCCAGUUUACUGGUACCUCUUUUCUUCUUGUUCGUGGUCAGCUUCUGUGGUGUCGUUGUGCCGGCUCAACAACUCCCGACUUUCUGGCGAAGCUGGAUGUGGUACCUGACUCCUUUCAAGUAUUUGCUUGAAGCCAUGCUAGGGGCAAUUGUCCAUGAUCAACCGGUACGAUGCGGCAAGAACGAGUUUGCCCGAUUUGCUGCUCCGCCAGGCCAAACAUGCCAGUCGUACGUCGAGCCGUUCAUCCGCCAGGCAGGCGGAUACGUCCAAGUCGGCCCGGACGGACUAUGCGAGUUCUGCCAAUACGCCAACGGAGACGAGUUCGCGAGCGGCUUCAGUGUCUACUACAGUCAUAUCUGGCGUGAUUUUGGCAUUUUCUGUGGCUUUAUCCUAUUCAAUUUCGCGGUCGUUUACUUCUGCACGUACCUGAGGUUUAAUGCCAAGAAUCCCUUCAAGGCCCUGUUGAUGAAGAGGAAGCAGAAAGCGGCGAACUGA